AGGUAACGAGAUUAUGUGCCCCUCGGAUUAUACUGAAGCAUUGAUUUGAGGAUAAAAUAAAAUUAUUACGCCAUGCUGAAUUCUAAAGGGAAAAGUGACGUCAUUCGCUAAUCGAGAGGAGGAAAAAGAAAGGAUUUUCCAAUAAAUUUUCAGAUGACGGAAAUUUCUUCUUUCGUUUAUAAAACAGAACCCGGUUUGCUGUUAAACACUCCAACUAUUUCCCUCUUUCCCUAAUUCUCCUCUUCGAUCUCCACCUCAAUUCAAAUUCUUCCCUUCUUCUUUUUCUUCUUCUUCUUCUUCUACAGAAUUUUUUAAAAAAAUGGAACCCACAACUACCACCAUCAAUACUUCUCUUGACCUCAAUUUGAAUCCUCCGCCCUACACCGACGACCAAUCUCAUCCACCCACUCCUAAUUCUCCACUCAAACAACAGGCUCCAACAACAGGCAUUCUUGCUGAAAAAUUGAAUCGGAUUAGUUCGGAGAAUAAGAAGCUGAAUCAGAUGCUUGGGGUAGUGGUUGAGAAUUACAGCGUUUUGAAAAAUCAAGUUAUCGAUUUACUCAUGAAAUCCAGAAAACGAAAAGCAGCUCCAGGAUGUGAUAAUUGUUGUAAUUUCAAUCGGAGCGCUUCCGAUCAGUAUUGCGGUUGUUGUAGCGAUGAUAAUGAUUCCUGUUAUAAUAAUAAGAGGCCUAGAGAAAAUAAUAGUAAACCCAAGGUUAUGAGAGUCCUCGUUCCCACCCCAGUUUCUGAUUCCACUUUGAUUGUGAAGGAUGGAUAUCAAUGGAGGAAAUACGGUCAAAAGGUGACUAAAGACAAUCCGUCACCAAGAGCUUACUAUAAAUGCUCAUUUGCCCCUACCUGUCCGGUGAAGAGAAAGGUACAAAGAAGUGUUGAAGAUCCAUGUUAUUUAGUAGCAACAUAUGAAGGACAGCACAAUCAUCCAAAACCCAAUUCAGGAAUUGAGUAUCAACUAGUUGGACCAAUUAAUUUAGGUUCAAAUACAAAGCUUGAUUCUUCUAAUAAUGUUUCGUCAUCACCUUCUUCUUCUAUCAAAUCUCCAUCAUCAUCAUCAUUAAUACCUUCUAUUUCUCUUGAUUACUUAACUAAAUCUCAACCUCAAAUACCAUCACCUUCAUCAUCUAACUCUUCUUCUUCAACACAAAAGCUUCUUGUUCAACAAAUGGCCACUCUUUUGACCAGAGACCCUAAUUUCACUAGAGCUCUUGCCACUGCCAUUACCGGAAACAUGGUGGACAAUGAAAUUUGGAGAUGAUCGUCAUCAAAUUAUAUUAUUCUUCCAUUUUGUAUCAUUAAUUCAGCAUCCUCUUGGUAUAGUUUUUAUUUAGUGGAUGUAUUUUGUGGUCGCAUUUUUCUUCAUGUAUCAUUUAAUAAUAAUAUAUUUUUCUUUUC